UCUAACUCAUUAUUUAUGAAUCAUUUCGCUUCAUUUCUUGUAUAGAAAAUCUUGAUUAAGUAAAAGAUUUAACGUUAUUUUCUUUAUUGGCUUGAUGAACGUAAACGAAUCAACACGGCUGUAAUGAUAUGUUAUUUUAAAGUAUUUGUCUAAAUCCUGCUAAUGACUAUUUCAUUUCAGUUCAAUUUUUAUUGCUUUAUGUUGAUGAAAUUGAAUGGCCGAAAAUGAUGAAUCAAGAUGAAAGAAGGAUAUAGUUUCAUCUUUCAUCUUAUAAUGUUAAAAAAUGUGCAGUCGUUUUGGCUUUUUUCAUGUCUCCAUGGAAACCACCAUGGUCGUCCCGGUGAUGGAUGUUCUGUUUUAUGUCAAUGCAAGUCUCCCAAUGUUUGCGAGGCUUUACGACAAGUUUGCGUGGAACCCUCGCGGUAUAUGGAUACAUGCCAUUUGACAAAACCUUGUGCAGUUGGUCUUUCCUGUCAACCUGGAUUGCAGAGAUGUUUUAACAAUCCCAGGAGUCUUCACGAACCCUGCUCUCUUGGAUUCUCGUGUUCUUCAGGAUUGAGUUGUGCACCUGGCUUUCAGGCGUGUUUUCAUCAUCCUAGACGUGCAGGUGAACCGUGUAGUGCGGGUUUCCCUUGUGCUACUGAUCUCUCGUGUCAUCCUGGAUUACAAAAAUGUUACCAUAAGCCUCGUUUGGAGAACGAGCCUUGCUCAGCUGGUUUCGAAUGUGCUAGCACUUUGUCGUGUUUUCUUUGUGGUCGAUUGGUCGCUACCUGUGAAAUAGCAAGGGUGCCUUCAUUUAGCAAAAAAGAUUUGCAGAAACCGUACAAUAAACUUGCCUUUCUUGUGACUCAUAAUUCCUUUAGUUACGGUAUUAAAUUCGGCAUCUGGGCUCAUAAUCAGCGAUACAGCGUUACCAAGCAACUAUAUGAUGGUGUCAGAGGUCUCAUGUUGGAUAUCUAUCCAGGCUGGAAUGGCGUUAAUGUUCGUCUUUGUCAUGUCAGUUGCAUCUGGAGCGGAUCAUCUGAUCUGAUUUAUACGUUAAAAGAAAUCCGUGAAUUUCUUAAUCGAAAUCCUGAAGAAAUCGUAACGAUUAUAUUUGAAGAUUACCUUCGUAAUCCAAGAAUAUUACGGAAGGUGUUUGAUGAUGCCGACAUUUCAAGAUUUGUGUUCACGUCCAAUUAUUGGUCGGAGUACGAAGAUUGGCCGACACUUUCCACGAUGAUAUCUCUGGGUCGUCGACUGGUCGUUUUCAGUAACGUUGGUUUGAUUGGCUUUCCAUAUGCUCCACGGAAUAUGUGGAAUUUUGUAAUUGAAAGUCGAUAUGGAAAUCCAGGAAAACAUAUUGGAGAAUGUAGGGAAAGAGAGAAUCACGUAAACAUGUUAAAGAAAGAUUAUUGUUCCUCGUAAAUUGGUUCACAACACUUCCAGACAUCAUCUCUCCGUGUUUGAAUCAUUUUGAUGAAAUGAAAAGCAAACUAACGACUUGCUACAAUAAACUGGGAAAAUGGGCUAAUUUUUUAGCUGUAGAUUUCUACAACGAAGGGACACAUGGAGGAACGUUUAAAGUGAUCCAGUGGUUGAACCAGAGAUUAUCUGAAGAUGCUGGAUCGAGAAGUAUGGAUGUCAGUCAUUAUAAAAUGAGAAAUAUAAUCAAUAUUUAACUGGGGAAAUCAAGGGUUCAAAAGGGAAUCAUGGUGAUUUUAUACAUAACAAAGGAACUCAAGGGCUCAGAAGGAAUCAUGGUUAUUUUACAAUUCGAAAAUUCUUCUCUGUCACAGGUAAAAUCCUACCUGGACAAUGCAAGGAAAAGCAAGCUCUGGAAAACCAAUGGAAUGCGCAUGUGUAGAAAAAUGCUCAAGUAACAGUUCAACUACUUGCUCCAUAACAGAAUCCUAACAAGGCAAAAAUUCAUAUGAUUCCUUCAUGUUUUAGUUUUCCACGUGGUGACGUGCGUGCUACAAACCGGGGGGGGUGUAACCGAAGAAGGACAGCUGCAUAUAUGUAAUAAUGCAAAGAACUGGUGACUGAUAUUCGCAUUUGUAUUAUCUAAAGAGUUAGCAGAUGAAAUGUACAAAGGCCUAUUAAAAAAAGCACAAAAGCAUGAGUCAAAUAAAAUUGUCGUGAUAA